AGAUGAAGAUGAAGACGACACUCGCUCUGCUCUUAGUCAUGGAGCUCUAUGGACUCUCCUCCGGUCUCAUUAAACGACAUUUCUUCGUGAAAGACAAGAUGACAUGGGAUUCUGCGAGCAAGUACUGCAAAACUUACUUUCAAGACCUCUCCACUUUCACCGAUGAGAACGAGGAACAGCAGUUUUUGGAAGAUGCAGCUCAUCAACCUUCUGACGCCUGGGUUGGACUCUACAGAGAAUCAGGAGUUUGGACUUGGUCGGGAGGUGUGAAUGCGACGUAUAUUAACUGGGAUACAAGUAAUGAACAACCUGAAAAUGGUGACUGUGCUUUUCUACACAAAGGCCAUAAGAAACUACAUGACAUAGACUGCGAUGAUAAAUACUCCUUUUUCUGUAUGAACAUAUCAGAUUUUGUUCUUGUGCUGCAGAAUGAGACCUGGGAAGAAGCUCUGGAAUACUGCCGAAAACAAUAUAAUGAUCUGGCAAGUCUGAGUUCACUUAACAUGAUGGAUUCUGCUUCAGGGAAAAGCACACUGGCUGAAACCGAAUAUGUGUGGACUGGUCUGCGUUUUCUAGCAGGAGACUGGUUCUGGGUCAAUGGAGAUGAUCUUGACUACACAGCCUGGUAUCAGAACGAACAGCCCCAGUGUCCUGCAGGAGACCUUCGCUGUGGAGCCCUGGACAAGAAAACAAAGCUUUGGACAAACAGAAACUGUGAGGAGAAGCUCAGCUUCUUUUGUUCUACACCGGCUGUAAAAGUUCAACAGCAACAAGCACAAAAACAAGAAGAAGAAAGCAUUUGGUAGAUGUCCCCCACCACAUAAUGUGUGUAAAUCCAGCGGAUCUGUUUCCAAAA